CGUUGUCGUUUAUUGAUAAAGUUAUAAUUGCCUUUGUCUUUUGGUAUACAAAUAAGUCAACCAUGAAUACCCAUUUAACAUUACCAGUUGCGUUCAUCUUAUACUUAAACAUCAUGAUUGAUGGUUUUCAGUCAAAAAAUUCUAAAAAUGAAGUAACCGUAACCGAGCAUAUACGUACUAAAAUUAGCAGGAAACUUAUACUGGCAUAUCGACAAUUGGAACUUCAUACGGAUUCUCCCCAUUAUAAUGUGGCCGUGAGAGAAAUGGAGUAUCUAGCAAAAGAAGCAGUAGAAAAUGAAGAAAAAUUAGAAAAAAAAUUACAUGAUAAAAGUUCAAAGCUUAGAAGCGUAGAAACAGAAUUGUUUUUUGCCAAUCGUGAUAAAUUGAUGUACGUGUCUCUUAUCGACAUGAAAUGGGUAGCGGUAAAUUUCAUUAGUGAGUGCUAUCCCCCCUGGAUACCUGUAAGCAAUAAUGAUCUAAAACUUGAUGCAGAAAAUCUCCGCACUGUUCUCCUAAACAUCGAGAAUCCACGGGUGUUACGUUUACAACGGAUUUUAAUCGAAAACAAUAUUCCCGAAAGUAAAUUCAUUCGAGAUCUAAUGCGUUACAUGUCGAUGAGCGAUGAUAAGCCGCGUUUGCUAAUAUCCUCUACUGAAAGGAAGCGGGCAUACGGUGAAUUAGGGGAACAAUUUGAGUCCGUCAGCGACAAGGUGAUCUUGAAGUUCUUACUUGGGGACAAGCCUGAUUUGGAACCUGAUACUGAGAGUCUUUCGACAACCAGUCCAGAGAUGUCAGAAGACGCAAUCCGUCGUACCAAAAAUAUAAUACGCGCUGGUUUUCGUUUGGUGGUAAUUCCAGAUUAUGUUGAAGAAACCGACGACAGUGAGCUGACAACGGACAUUAAAGCAUUCUGUGACACUUAUGGAUCCAGUAUUCAGAAAUCUGUGGAAGAAUCAAACUACAAACCAGUAGCAAUUUGUGUUGUUGAAGGAUUACAUCAUGCUUAUAUACUCUUCAAGAACUUUGAAGGAGCAUACGCAUUAUGGACCCGCCGGUUUAAUACACCAAUCCCAGAUAAGUUUCGAAAAGCAAUGUUUUUAAAAAAUGUGACAGAAGAGGCACCUUUGGAAGGAGAUUUUUUUCUCAAAAUUGAAACUAAGAACGAGAAUUUCAACGAUUUUAAAACGAAGAUAUUAAAAGGAUACGAUAAUCGAAGACCGAAUUGUAGAAAAGACAACAAGGAAUCAACGCAGUCAGCACUGAUGUUUUGUCAAUUCAACUCUUUCGAAGAUAUGCUACUAGUGUAUCAAUACUGGAAAGAAGAAUUCAGAAAAGAAAUAGGAGCGGCAGACAUCACGUUCUCUGCGGUACGCGGGACGGACACGAUCAAAAAAAUACCGUUUUUAAUGGAGGACUAAGGAUGAAUUUUUCUAAAUUACGAGGUUCUUGCACCUACGUUGAAUAGUCGAGUUCACAUUAGCCCUGAAUGUGGGACAAAUGGCCAACCUGUAGGCAUUUUGUAUUAAGUAAUUGAGUAGCUCUUUUUUUUGUUAUUGGUUAUAGUACGUGUUAUCGUGAUCAUGAGUAUAAAGAGAGUUACCCAUGAUCCUAUUUAAGUACAAUAUGAUGCUGUUUUUUUUA